AUGGCUGACCCUGCAUGGUGGAAGCUGACUUUCCUGCGGAAGAAGAAGUCAGAGGCGAAGGUCUUGUACGAGAUACCUCCUGACCUCAGCGCCAACAAUGGAAAUAAUGAAUUAAGCAAUGAUGCCGCAGAUAACAAUUUAGAUGCCAGGUUGGAAAAAAUUGUGGACAAAUCUGCCACAAAGGGUCGUCAUGUGAAAGUCUCCCAUUCUGGGCGGUUCAAAGAGAAGAAAAAGAUUCGAGCGACUCUGGCUGAGAACCCUGGUCUUUUCCCUGAAACGGCUCGGACAGAUAAGAACCAAGUGGUGGAAAAUUAA